AUAGCAGCUCAGUCCUACAAACUCUUUUAAAUAUUUAUAAAGCAUCACGUUGUCGUCUCUGGUCUUCAGGCGUUUGCAUAACCAAAGCAUCUUACGACAGCAGAGCCACAAAGGUUACCUGAUGAUACCAUCUUUGUUUGGCAGAACUGAAACAUUCAUCAUGUUGCUCUUUCUGCUGCUGCUGCUGAUAGUCAGCUGGGCAGAAGCUGGUUAUUAUGGUGUUGUUUCUACCCACACCACUAAAAAUGUUCAAGGAAGCAGUUCUACAGUUGUGCGUCGCAUUAAGUUGAGCUUCAGCUCAUGUGCAGAGCUUGAGUCAUGGUGGUGUUGCACUAACAAGAUUGAUGAAAGCAGCGGUGAAUGGUGUCUGAAAGACUACACCUGGAAGAUCACAACUUGGAAUUUUGACCGUUAUUGGAGCGGGUGGGAACGUAAAUCCUGGAUAAUUAACAGAAACGAUGUUACAACAGCGCAAUUUCAGAUAACAUAUGAGAUGAAAAAACGAUCCGACAUCAACAGACCGAACUCAUCACCACAGACCAACAUCAUCCCUUUUAUGAGAGUUCCUUCAAACUGUCAGAGGAAUAUCAGCUUGUUGACCUUUGACCCUGAUGAAGACCAUGUUCAAUGCAGAUAUGGAUCCAAUCCCGAUAACUAUGAGUGCAGCAUCUGCACAGCACCGUCUGUCCUCAGUCUGUCAUCAGUGAGUAAUAAAUGUUGGUUACAGCAAUGCAACAGAAAAUGUUUACAGUUAAUAAAACUAAAUUGA